GCCUUCUAUCCCGUCACUGGAAUCAACAGUUAGUAGAAGUAAUCAGAGUUCAAGUGAAGAGUCUUCUAAUGGGAAAAAUUCUCCUUCAGUAAAUGAAUUAAGAAAUAGACUGACCAGCGUGGCUCCAAAACAGAUGUCACCAAAUCCUGAAGCUCUGAAAUUUGAACAUAAUACAAAAUCUCAAGAAAGAACUAGAAAGCGGCAACAGCCUAUAAAGCUAGAACCUUUACCCUCCUUAAAAACAUAUCAGCACCAAAAACAACCUGAGUAUAUAUACCAGAAGAACAGAGAAAAAUUGUUAGCAGCUGGAGUAUUAAAGCCUACAACUUCAGCAGAGAAAAGAAAAUGGCCUGGUACGAUGGAGGCAAUUUCAUCUGAACUUCAGGAAGAACUGAAAGAAAGACAGAUGCUGAGUGCUAUGGUACGAGUUCCAACUCCUCCUAAGCAACCACGUAGUGUAUUAAAGACAAGUGCUUGCAAACCGAGUUCAGCGCCACCUUUACGUACAUUUAGUGAACCGGAAGAAGUAAUUAAAGCUAAUAUUACAGAGCCUCUACAGAUUAUAAGAAUAAUAUGUGAAAACAAAAACCUUGGAUUUCUGUACAUGACUCCUGCAGUGCCUAAAUCAUCAAUUGAGUAUGACACAUAUAACCUGAAAAUUGUAAGCUUUGACUGCAUUAACAAAAAUGACUACUACACUAUUAGUCCACAAGCAGUUAUUCAUACAUAUAAUGGAGAAGUUGAAUACCUGGAACUUGAACGCUGGGAGCAAGAAUACGUCUAUCAUAGGGCACUUGUCAAAAUCACUAUAUUUGCUAUAUUUCGCAAAUGGAAAUCGUUUAAUGUAUGGAGAAAAAAUGUCCGCUGCAAAACGAUCAGUUCAUGUCGCCGAGCUUUACAGAAGAACUUAUUUAUUGUUAAUGGCUGUUUGAGACCAGCAAUUCUAAACAUCCAAGAAAUGUGUUAUCGAAUUAGCGACAUGGUACUUUGUAAAAUUGAAAAGGGCUAUAUAUAUACAUUGAUAGAGUUUAAAGGUACUCAGUUCAGUCAGCUAAAAGAUGUGGCAUCUCGUUUAUCAGAAUUCAGAGAAUUAGCCAAAGAAGUGGUUAGAAGUGCAUGUCGAACUGCAUUGCUUGAAACUGGUUUCACGCCUGAUGAUUAUUUUUAUAAUAUUGAGAAUACAGAACAGAUAACAAUGGCAACAAGAAAAGAAGUUGUAGGAACCACCGUUUCUCGUGUUGAGAAAGACUUCUAUGGCGAACAACCUGAAAGAAUGACAUACACAGAACAGGCCAAUAAAAGGGCUCAGUGUGGAAGGCUAACAUGCUUUAUUCGUCUUGCUGAUUAUCUUAUAGUAAAUACUAUGCAUGUCUUGGCCGUUAAAUCUGUUGCUACUCUCUUGCGUUACCUUGCUGAUAAGUUGAAGAAGACACCACUUGCAGAAAUUAUCCAAACAUGGAAUACAGAUUUAGUAGCACCUGAAGUUGUGGAAAAGAAGGGAACUCCUUCAGUCACUACAGAGGAAGAGGAAGCAUCCAUUCCAAUGUUUCUUGUUGAGCUAAUUUUAGAGAUCCACGCAUUGCUGUUUGAACCAACUGCGGAAGAGUUCCAGGAUGCUAUGGCAGAUAUUGUGUCUCAGUUUCAGGCAACUGUGUUAUCUGUUGCAAACCUUGUUCCAGAUCAGUAUUUUGAUGCCUUCACUCGUCCUGUUAUUAACAACAAACUUGAAGAAAAAACAUGUGGUGAAGGACCAAGCUUAUCAACAAUGUUUAAAGAUGAUAAGCAUCUUCAAACUAUUAUCCUACAAAUAAAGGAAACAAUUGAUUCAGCAUUUGAAGCAGCAAAUUUAUAUGGAGCUACUUUUGAAAAGUUUCGAUUAUUUUUUAGAGAAAAUGAAAGCCUUGAUUUGCAAGCGCUAAAGAAAGAAGAACCUGAUGUUAAAUUUUUUGCUGAACAACUGGAGAAAUAUCACAGACAACACAAAGAAGCGUUGGCAAUAAAACAAAAGAGACCAUUAGGUUUGUUCCUCAUAGAUGCUAAAAGGUUGAAAGACAAACUAAUUCCAUCACCAAAGCGCUGUUUGGAGGUUAUUAAUGACAUGCUUCCUGUAAUUGCAAAGAAAAAAGUGAAUACCAUUCUCGUUGAGGCAAAUGAUGCUAAAUUUAAACUUGAGUUUCUGCCAAGUACAACUACUGAAUAUGUGGUUACUUUGACAUUCCUUGAUGAAAUACAAGAUAGGAUUGAAAUCCUUGAUGAUGAAUCAAAAGUGGUUUCUCAGAUGUAUCAGCUUAUUGAACAGUAUGUCAUACCCACGCCUCCUGAAGAUUUUGCUUUGUUCUCCAGUUUGAAGCCCUCAAUUGUUGCUGUUCGUAAUGCAAUUGAUAAAUCUGUGGGUGAAAGAGAUGCCAGCAUUAUUAAAUUCUGCCAGCUUCUAGAUGAAGAUGUUCAUGAUCUGAAUGAAGAAGUUAAAGAAGUUAGACUUCUAGCACAGGAUCCUCAGAUUUUGGAUGCAGAUGCUGAUCAAGAGAAAGUGAAAGUAGUUCUAAGCGAGUUGCAGACCAUUCUUGAUGAAAUACAAAAGCGAGCAUUCCAGUAUAAAUCCUAUCAGAAAAAUUUCAAGGUGGAUGUAACAAAAUUUGAUACCUUGGAGGAAGUUUCUGCAGAAUUGAAGUUGAAACAACUGUUGUGGGACUCUCUUUCUGAAUGGACAGUACUUGAAGACGAAUGGAUGGAGUCCAAAUUUGAAAGCUUGGAUCCAGAAUUAUUGAAUGGUCAAGUUUCCAAAUAUGCUAAAUUUGUGAAUCAGCUGGAAAAAGGCUUGCCACCUAAUAAUGUUGUCCCACAACUCAAGGAGAAGGUGGAGAAAAUGAAAGAAAAGCUUCCAGUUAUCACAGAUCUUAGAAAUCCUUUUUUGAAACCCAGACACUGGGUAAUUCUGGAACAAAUAGUUGGUACACCAUUAAUAGAUGUGGAAAAUCCAUUAACCUUGGAGCGACUUACUCAGAUCAGUGCUUUUGAAUAUACUCAGGAAAUUCAGGAUGUUUCUGGACAAGCUUCAGGAGAAGCUUCUCUGGAGAUUAUUCUCAAAAAGGUGGAAGAUGCCUGGAAAACAACAGAAUUUGUUGUAAUUCCUCAUCGUGAUUCAAAAGAUGUUUUCAUCCUUGGUGGCACAGAUGACAUUCAGGUCAUUCUAGAUGAUAGUACUAUUAAUAUAGCAACGAUUGCCUCUUCACGGUAUGUAGGCCCUCUCAAGCCACGAGUUGAUGAAUGGCAGAAGCAGCUCUCUUUAUUCAAUCAGACAUUGGAGGAAUGGCUGACAUGUCAGAGGAAUUGGCUCUAUUUGGAAAGCAUUUUCAGUGCUCCUGAUAUUCAAAGGCAGUUGCCCGCAGAAGCCAAAAUGUUCUUGCAAGUAGAUAAGUCUUGGAAGGAAGUUAUGAGGAAAGUGAAUCGACUGCCUAAUGCUCUCCGUGCUGCUACUCAGCCUGGCCUUUUGGAGACCUUUCAGAAUAAUAAUGCUCUUCUUGAUCAGAUUCAGAAAUGUCUGGAGGCCUAUUUGGAAUCCAAGAGAGUCAUUUUCCCAAGGUUGAAAAACACUGGUGUUGGCUUGGGAAAAGGACUUAAGGCCAGAGGAAAUGUUGAAGACUGGCUUGGCAAAGUUGAAGAAGCAAUGUUUAGUUCCCUUAGACGACUGAGCAAAGCUGCCAUUGCAGAUUAUCAAACUAGAGAACGAACAGAGUGGGUUAUCGCUGGACAUCCUUCUCAGGUUGUGCUGACCAUUUCUCAGCUCAUGUGGUGUCGAGAUCUCACUCAAUGUUUAGAAGGAGAAGAUCAAGAUCAUUUAGUUGCUUUGGAAGAGUUUGAAAAUGAGAAUUUUGAUAGACUAAAUGCAUUGGCUUCACUAGUCCGUGGCAGCCUUCCCAAAAUUCACCGAAAUAUCAUAACGGCACUGAUUACUAUUGAUGUACAUGCAAGAGACAUUGUUACAGAACUUGUACACCAAAAGGUGGAUUCUGUGGACAAUUUUGACUGGCAAAGACAACUGCGCUACUAUUGGGACCUCGAUUUAGAUAACUGUGUGGCAAGAAUGGCUUUAUCACAAUAUACCUAUGCCUAUGAAUACUUGGGUGCAUGUCCAAGAUUAGUGAUAACGCCGCUCACGGAUCGUUGCUAUCUUUGCCUGAUGGGAGCCCUGCAGCUUGACCUAGGGGGAGCGCCAGCUGGACCUGCCGGUACCGGAAAAACAGAGACUACUAAAGAUCUUGCAAAAGCACUUGCCAUCCAGUGUGUGGUGUUCAACUGUUCAGAUGGCUUGGAUUACAAGAUGAUGGGGCGUUUCUUCAGCGGUUUGGCACAGUCUGGAGCAUGGUGUUGCUUUGAUGAAUUCAAUAGAAUUGACAUUGAAGUUCUGUCUGUUAUAGCCCAACAAUUGAUUACAAUAAGGAAUGCUAAAGCAGCAAAGGUCACUCGGUUUAUGUUUGAAGGACGUGAAAUCAAAUUAAUUAUGACUUGUGCAGCUUUUAUUACUAUGAAUCCUGGCUAUGCUGGGCGCACAGAGUUACCUGACAACCUAAAAGCACUCUUCAGGCCAUUUUCUAUGAUGGUUCCAAACUAUGCUUUGAUUGCAGAGGUACUUUUUCAAAACCUAUUAUUAGGGCCAGAGGCAGCAAUUAACAAUAGUAGAGCAGGUCCAUCAUUCAAUUGCUUACACAUUUCCCACAGCCCAGCUAAUCAGUCCAAACCAGGUACGGAACAAUCACGAUUGAAUUCUCUUGUGUGCCAGACCUUUGUCUUCUGUUAUUUGUGGUCUGUGGGUGGAAAUGUAAUGGAGAAUUGUUGGGAUGCUUUUGAUACAUUUGUAAGACAGCAAUUUGAGGAUAACCCUGAUGCCAAGCUCCCAACUUCUGGUGAUUUGUGGAGUGUUUACAUUGAUUAUGAUACAAGACGCUUGGAUCCUUGGGAGCGAAUUAUACCAACCUUUAAAUACAAAAGGACAAUUCCAUUUUUUGAAAUGCUUGUUCCUACCACUGACACUGUACGCUAUGGGUUUCUAAUGGAAAAAUUGCUAGCUGUCAAACAUUCCGUGCUCUUCACAGGAAUUACUGGAGUUGGCAAGUCUGUAGUUGCAAAAUCACUGCUUAACAAAAUACAAGAUGAAGCCGGCUAUGUUCCUGUUUACUUAAAUUUUUCUGCUCAGACUUCUUCAGCCAGGACACAAGAGAUUAUAGAAUCAAAAUUAGAAAAAAAAAGAAAAAACAUUUUAGGAGCACCAGGGAAAAAAAGAGUGGUCAUUUUUGUGGAUGAUUUAAACAUGCCGAAACUGGAUCGUUAUGGCUCACAGCCCCCUAUUGAACUACUUAGACAGUACCAAGACUUUGGAGGAUUCUAUGACCGAGAUAAACUGUUUUGGAAGGAGAUCCAUGAUGUAACUAUUUGUUCAGCUUGUGCACCUCCUGGUGGUGGACGUAAUCCAGUUACCCCACGUUUCAUAAGACAUUUUGCUAUGCUGUGCCUUCCAACGCCCUCUGAACAUAGCCUUAAACAAAUUUUUCAGGCAAUUCUGAAAGGCUUCCUAGCUGAAUUUGCCCAAGCAGUAAAGCAGUGUGCAAGUAGUAUAGUGGAGGCUGCUGUUGAAAUAUAUCAAAGAAUGAGCAUUGAUCUGCUCCCAACACCAGCAAAAUCUCAUUAUGUGUUUAAUUUACGUGAUUUGUCAAAAUGUGUCCAAGGUAUGGUAUAUCUGUUCAGUAUAAUAGUUUUUGGUUGUUCAAAUUCUGUGCUCACAUUUUCAGCAAUUAUUAUUGGAAUAGAAAAAGCCGAUCGAAUUUAUGAAGAGUUACCUGACAUGGAAAAGAUUAUCGGAGUUUUACAAGAUUAUCUUGAUGAUUACAAUAUAACAAGCUCUAAAGAGGUCAAGCUGGUAUUUUUCCAAGAUGCAGUAGAGCAUGUUUCAAGAAUUGCUCGGAUGAUUCGUCAGGAAAGAGGAAAUUCCCUCUUGGUGGGUGUUGGAGGCACAGGGAAGCAGUCUCUGACUAGACUUGCAUCUCACAUUUGUGGCUAUAAAUGCUUUCAAAUAGAACUAAGUCGUGGCUAUAAUUACGACACUUUCCAUGAAGACCUUAGGAAGCUAUACAAAAUGGCAGGGGUGGAAGACAAAGACAUGGUUUUCCUUUUCACAGACACCCAGGAGCAUAAAUUUGGGGCUUACUUGGCUUGUAAGUAA